CCCCGCCCCCUCGCCCCAACGGCGUGACUCGUCCUCCCCUCCUCCUUCCCUCCAUGCUCUAUCUACGCUUUCUUCGUCGCGUACCUACCUUUGCACGCACCUAUGCUCACGCGUCUAACCUCAACGUAGCCCCGCCCAAGCCCGCGCACGGUCUCACCCCGCCCAAGCUCACCGACGACGAUGUCCAUGCCGAACGGUGCCUCCGCCAGCUCCGCUCCAAGGACAAGGCCAUCGAAAAGUACAUCUACCUCUCUCAGCUCAAGCUCACGGACGAGAACAUGUUCUACAAGCUCUGUCUCCGCUACAUGGCCGAGUUCACCCCGCUCAUCUACACGCCCACCGUCGGCGACGCGUGCAUCCAGUUCUCGCACAAUUUCCGUCGCCCCGAGGGCUUGUUCGUCUCUAUCCACGACAAGGGUCGCAUUGGUUCCGUCAUCCGCAACUGGCCCCGCAUCCCGGAGGCUCGCAUCGCCGUCGUCACCGAUGGCUCUCGUAUUCUCGGAUUGGGCGACCUCGGCGUGAACGGCAUGCCCAUCUCGAUCGGAAAGCUUUCGCUCUACGUCGCCGGCGCCGGCAUCCGCCCCUCCUCCACCCUUCCCAUCUGCCUCGACCUCGGCACGAACAACGAGACCUUCCUCGCCGACCCGCUUUACCUCGGCCACCGCCACCCGCGCGUGCCCUCCCCGGACAUGUCCGCCUUCAUGCACGAGUUCAUGGACGAGAUGUCCAAGGCGUUCCCGAAGAUGCUCAUCCAGUUCGAGGACUUCUCGACCGAGAAUGCGUUCAUGUACCUUGACGCCUUCCGCGAGCGCUACCCCGUCUUCAACGACGAUAUCCAGGGCACAGGUGCCGUGGUCCUCGCCGGCUUCCUCAACGCCGCCAAGCUCUCCUCCGCCGCGUCCGGCCGCCCGCUGACCGACCACCGCAUCCUCUUCCUCGGCGCGGGCUCCGCCGGCGUCGGCGUCGCGAUGCAGCUCAUGUCCUUCUUCACCCUCCAGGGCCUCUCCGAGGAGGAGGCCCGGAGCCGGAUCUACCUCGUCGACUCGCAGGGGCUCAUCUACGACGGCCGCGGGCCGAUGGCCGAGCACAAGAAGUACUUCUCGCGCACGGACUACGCCGGCCCGCCGGUCAAGGACCUGCUCGACAUCGUCGACCUCGUCAAGCCGACCGCGCUCCUCGGCCUCUCCACCACCAAGGGCGCCUUCUCCCAGCCCGUGCUCGAGCUCAUGGCCGCGCUCAACCCGCGCCCGAUCGUCUUCCCGCUCUCGAACCCCGUCCGGCUCUCCGAGUGCGAGUUCCACGAGGCGCUCACGUACACCCGCGGCGCCGUCGUGUUCGCGUCCGGCUCGCCGUUCGACCCGGAGGCGUACGGCGGCCGCACGCACUACCCGGGCCAGGGCAACAACAUGUACGUCUUCCCCGGCAUCGGCCUCGGCGCGAUCCUCGCCCAGGCGAAGAGCGUGACGGACAGCAUGGUCGAGGCGAGCGCGCUCGGCCUCGCGGACGCGCUCACCCCCGACGAGCGCGCGGACGACCUCAUCUACCCCCGCCUGGAACGCAUCCGCGAGAUCAGCGCCCACAUCGCGUGCGCCGUCAUCAGGGCCGCGCAGAAGGCGGGCGUGGACCGCAACGAGGCGCUCAGGAAGCUCAGCGACGGCGAGCUGAACGAGUACGUGACGGGCAAGAUGUGGAACCCGUUGUAGACCACAAAACAGAGGAAAAAAGCUUCUGGCAUGGAGCACGUUUGAGUUCGAGUAUUUUGUCACCCUUUUCUGCGUUGGUUUGGAUUUCGGUUGGUUAUAUGCGGAUAUGUAUAGAUGCCUGGGUCUAGUGCAGAGCCUGGGCCGUAUGCUUGUAGAUUACUUCUAAUAACGUAUGCAUACUUAGCUGGGAACUACGAACGUUCAUCAGCAUCUCCC